AUGGUUACAAUGUACAUGUGGAUUGUACCUUAUUUCUAUCAGAAUUCGAUUAACUUAGGACAUAUCAUUAAUGUAUUACUAGAAAAUUACGAUAUUCAUUUGUUACCUGUAAAGGAACGAGUCAAUGUUACAAUUGAAUUGCACGUACAGGGCAUUUCGAGAAUCUCCGAAAUAACUGGUGAUUUUGAAUUAGAUUUUAUGUAUAGCGAAAUCUGGGAAGAUCCACGCUUAAGUUUCAAACAUUUAAACGUUUGCACAACGAAUAUCACAUUGAAAAGCGAUUUUCGCAAAAAAAUUUGGACGCCUGAUACGUGUAUCAUUAACAGCAAAGAUGCCGCUGUGCACAGUUCACCAUCUGAAAAUACUUUUAUAAUCCUAAUGAAAGUAAAAGCACCUUGUAAAAUGGAUUUGAAAAUGUUUCCAUUCGACUGGAUCUAUUGUCAACUUGUGAUCGAAAGUUAUUCGUUUAACACAGAUGAAGUGCGAUUAGUCUGGCACCAAACACCAGUAACAAUGAUGGACCAAGUUGAGCUACCUGACUUUGAUCUGAUUGGUUGGAUCACUGAUCAUCAGAGAUUGGGAUAUCCAAAUGGUGAUUGGGAUAGGGCACAGGUCAUCUGGCUUACACACUUGAAAUGA